AGGUGUGAACAUGUAAUGAGGAAGUGUGGGCUGGCAGGUCUACUCAUUGUGAAAGGACAGUGAAGAUGUUUCUGUGUCUUUUUUCAGUAGAUGCGAUCUCAAAGGUGUAAAACAAAUACAGGACCAUUUCUUAACGUGUUGAUUUGAGAAGUAGACACCUCAUCAAGUGUCUUCCUUAGUUUCAUGCUUCAACGGGCAAAUGAAGUCCUGUUUUCAUCUCGAUUCAGUGUAAGAUCGGACCCUGAAGGAGCAAGAUGACUUUUUCUCUGUUGGUCCUGUUUCUUUGCUUUAAAGUUCUUCAAACUGAAGCCUCCACUUGGACAGCUAAGGUCCCCUCCUCAGUCAAAGGUCUCAUUGGAUCCUGUGUGGUGAUUCCCUGCACGUUUGACUAUGCAAAUCCGGGGAGGACACUCACUGGUUUCACUGGGAUGUGGAUGAAUGAAGCACAUGAGCUCAUCUAUCACUCAGUUCAGUCUAAAGUACUUCAGCGGUAUCAAACUCGGACUGAGCUGCUUGGAGACGUCAGUCAGAAGAAUUGUUCGCUGAUGAUUGAUCCCCUUCAAGAAAACGACCGAGGGCCUUUUUAUUUCAGAAUUGAAAUUGCUGACUACAGCAAGUAUACUUACAGAGACAGCCCCGUCUCCAUUGCAAUGAUCAGUGAACCAGACCCAGUCAUUUUCUCAGUGAAGCCUGAGGUACAGGAGGGUGAAACUGUGUCUGCGUCCUGCUCCGCGUCUUUCUCCUGUCCGGCCUCUCCUCCCGUCUUUAACUGGAGUCACUCUGGAGAGAAACAUUUCCAACAGACGGAGCACACCGCUGGCCAGUGGAAGGCAACAUCGACUCUGACCUUUCACCCUACCAGAGCUGAUCAUGAGAAGAUUUUACAGUGCACUGUAAGAUACAAGGGAGGGAAGCACCAGAAUGCAUCCAAGGUCCUCAGAGUUAAAUAUGCUCCAGUGAUUGUGAAAGUUGAGUACAAGUCAGAUGUGAAAGAGGGGGGAGCUGUGCAGCUGAAAUGCUCAAGUGAUGCUAACCCACCAGCCAGCAGCUAUGAGUGGUAUAAUGAAACUGGUGCUCAGCUGUACCGAGGGAAUGUCUUCACACUGCAAAAUGUCUCCAGACACACAGGAGAUCUGUACUGUACUGCCAUUAACGCAAUGGGACAACGCAAAUCAAGCCCUGUGCAGCUCAAUGUGUUACAUGCCCCAGAGAUUAAGACUGGGUCCUCCUGCUCCUCAGAGGCAGACAAGGUAAAGUGUGUGUGCAUUGCAGAGUCCAGGCCUCCCAGCAUGGUCCAUUUUGUGCUCUCUGACAGAGUCCCGCCAAAAGCAAAGGUAGAGAAACACGGCCCGGUUACCAUCGGGACUCUACAGGCAGAGUUUGGAUCAUCUGAGUUUGUCCACUGUCUGGCAAACAACACGCAGGGCACCGCCAACCUCACGCUGUAUUUCCCUGUUAACAGUAAGAUGCAGAAUAUGUAUAUUUACAUAGCCAUUGGGACAGGUGUGACUUUGGUGAUAGUUUUAAUCGCAGUGGGAGUUAAAAAAUGCAGGGGGAGACCUAAGGAUGUGGCAAGAACUCAUUUGAGCACCAUGAAGGUUGAGAAAGAUGUGGAGCCCCCUCAGUACGCUGCAGCUAAAAGAAAAGUAAAUAACUAUGAUGAUGUAGAUUCCCAAGAGGUUUAUGCCAAUGAUCCCGUAUAUGGCAACAUGGAGACUGACCUGGAUGAUGCAAUAUACGCCAACAUGUAACAGGAACAAAAAGAAGAGUUCACUGGAUGGUACUGCAUAAUGCAAAAUGUGUUUCCUGACUUAUGUGGGUAAAGAAAGUUGUACAGGCUAUUGAUUGACCACUUUCUGUUUAGAUUAUGUAAACAUUGCUAUCAUCAGUCUCCUGUGAUGCACUUCUCUGAGAAAACAGUCGCUUAUGUCUAAAAUCACUAUUUUAUUCUAUUUUAUGCACUUGUGUUUUCAAUUGCUGUCUCUCUUGUUGUGACUGUUUGUUUAUCACCAUUA